GGGCAAUCGGCAAAAGGGUAUUUAUUUAUUUUCAAACAACAAAUGAUAGUCGAAGAUGGAGAAAUUGAGGAACAUGUUAAUCCCAAAACCUAACCCGCAACAGUUAUUACGUGAUUGGCAACGUCGUCUACGUCAGGAGUGUCGCAACAUCGAACGUCAAAUUCGUGAUAUUCAAAGAGAAGAGAAAAAUGUUCAGAAAGCAAUUAAAGAGGCUGCCAAGAGAAACGACACGGCCUCUGCUAGGGCGCUUGCUAUAGAAAUCGUGAGGUCCCGAAGAACUGUCAAUCGCCUCUACGAGAAUAAAGCUCAAUUAAACUCCAUAUCAAUGCAUCUAGGCGAAAGCAUCGCUGUUGCUCGCACAGUCGGGCAUCUGUCUAAGAGUGCUGAAGUCAUGAAGACCGUAAACGACUUAAUGAAGGCUCCAGAAAUGGCUGUCAAGAUGCAAGAAUUCAGUAAAGAAAUGAUUAAGGCAGGAGUUAUUGAAGAAAUGGUGAAUGAUGCUGUUGACUCUGCACUGGAUUCAGAUGACAUUGAAGAUGAGAUCGAAGAAGAAGUGGAUAAGGUGUUAACCGCGAUAGCUGGUGAAACCGUAGCGCAGCUUCCGGAAGCAUCCAGAAAGGAGCGGCUUAAGCAACCUGCUCAUGCAGAGGAAGAGGGUGGUGAUGACGAGGAUUUAGAAGAAUUAAGGGUUCGCCUUGCUAAAGUUCGGUCAUGAAUCAUGAUCAACUCGACCCUAGUGCGCUUUUUUUUUUUUGUAUAUAGUAUCUUUACGACAUAAAAACCGGCUCUUCUAUGUAAUAUCGACUCGCUCCCGCUCUUUUAAAGUUGAGAUCUCUAUGAUAUUUGUCAUCAAAGAAGUUAUUAUUGAUAUUGUCAAGAAAGUUUUCAUA